AUGUCACACUUCAAGAGGCUCGCCAGCUCGGCGGCGUCACGUUUGACGUUGUCCCCCAGCAGCUGCAGCAGCAAGCCGCUGACUCUCCUUCCGGGUUCAAGAUGGCUUUCCAGGGGCUGUGGCGUGCGCUUCGUGUCCCAGGGGACCGCAGGCAGAGCCGCCGGCUGCGGGCGAGCCAGACGGGGAGCCCUGGCGCUCAGCGGAGCCGCGGCACUGACAGCGGCCGUGGCGGGUUUUUUAGCCAACGCCGACCACUUCCAGCGUGCCGACAUGGCCACGAAGGCGCCCCGAGCCGCCGCGGAGAAGGAACCGCAGGGGGAUAUCUCCGAGAGGUGCCGGGGCUUCAUGUCUCCUCCGGUGACCGAAAUCGGCGUGCUGCAGGAGAGCAGCGGGGAGAUGCGCACGAGGAUGGAGAUGCUCAUCAUGGAGACGCAGGCCGACUUCUGCAACGCCCUGCAGGAGGUGGACGGCGGGACGUUUAAGGUGGACCGGUGGCAGAGAAAUGAAGGUGGCGGAGGGAUCAGCUGUGUGAUGCAGGAUGGAAAGGUGUUUGAGAAGGCCGGAGUCAAUGUGUCCGUGGUGUUUGGGAACCUGACUGAGGAGGCCGCCAAGCAAAUGAGGAGCAGAGGGAAAGCAGGCCUAAAGCUUGAUAAAGACGUGCAGCUGGUGCAGAACUCUGCGGCCCUGAACGGGACCCAGCGGGUGCUGCUGGAUCACGUCAUAUCCGAGGAGGAGUGUUCAGACCUCAGGCGCCUGGCUCACGCCGUCACCAUUGCGGGAGACGGCUACAGAGGGAGGAUGUCGCCACACACCCCCAAUGAGAAGUUUGAAGGGGCCACUGUACUCAAAACCCUGCAGUUCGGAUACGAGGGCAGAGUGCCGAUGAGGAGCGCCCGCCUGUUCUACGACAUCAGCGCGCGAGCGAGACGGGUCAUCGAGUCUUACUUCCUGCUCAACUCCACCCUGCACUUCUCCUACACGCACCUGGUGUGCCGGACAGCCAUCACAGGCCAGCAAGAUCACAGGAACGACCUGAGCCACCCGAUCCACGCCGACAACUGUCUGCUGGACCCCGAGGCCCACGAGUGCUGGAAGGAACCUCCCGCGUACACGUACAGAGACUUCAGUGCACUGUUAUAUCUAAAUGGAGAUUUUGAAGGAGGGGAGUUCAUAUUCACAGAAAUGGAUGCCAAAACCGUCACGGCAUCGGUGAAGCCCUUAUGCGGCCGGAUGGUGGGUUUCUCAUCCGGGGGGGAGAAUCCACACGGCGUGAAGGCCGUCACCAGCGGGCAGCGGUGUGCCGUCGCUCUGUGGUUCACCCUCGACCCGCUCUUCAGAGAACUGGAGAGACUGCAGGCAGACGAGGUGAUCCAGGCGCUGGACACGGAGUCCACGUGGGGCGGAGGCCUCAACAUCAACCCCAAAGAUGAACUGUAGAAGCUGAAGCAAAACGCCUUCAGUCCAAUACGCUUCAAUCUAAUCCUUCUAUAUUUUAACUAUUUAUUGAACCGACCUUGUACUUCUUUACGUGAUACCUCUGGUUUUAUCGAUUUAUAGAUAGACAGACGGACAAAUACAUAUCUAGAUGCUGCCAUGGAUUCCGUGUAGGAUUCCAUGUAAUAUUUUACUACGCUUUGUAGGAGCCAGUUUUAAUUGACAUUGAGUGGAAGAUACCAAAUUGAGCCAGCAGGUGUCACCAUGGUGCACUUGCUUUAUUAGGUGGGAACUUUGAGCCAGGUGGCAGGUGUUGCGAGACGGAGGA